AACCCGCCAGCAUCAAGACCGAGCCGUUGGCCGAUCUCGGACCAUCCAACCUUGCAUCUUCGCUUCCGCCGAGCCGAACAUUUGAGUACACAUCCUCGUUUCUACCAGAUGCAGCCAAAAUGGACAUUGACGACCUGAUGCAGCUCGAGGUUGCCGCCACUCUCAUUUUCAAUCUCCAUCAUGGUGCUGCUCGGCCUUGGCCCCAGGAUACGAGCCUGUCCUCGUCGCAGCCGCCGCCCCUCUCACCCUCGCUCUCAGUUUCCUCGCUCCAGCCGCCGCGGCCUGCCACGCGGUUCAGCGAGUCUAUCGCCGCAGACUCCUUGCUGCUCUUUGCCAUGGAUGCCGAUACUAAUUCAAUCGGGAAGCGCCUCCGGUACUGCAGUCCAACUGCUUCCGUCGCGAUGCCCUCGGAGUACUGCAUUGUCCACUAACCCACCACCUCUCGCCAGUCAAACCGAUCCGCUGGAAUAUGGCUACUGUCCGGGCCAGUCGUCGCAGUCUCCAGGAUCGUCUCCGUCCUCGGGCUCAACGACGCCAUCGCCAUCGCCACGCCCUGCCCACACUGCCCCAUUCGGUUUGAGCGCGCCUUCGCUGAGCUCGUCGUAUGAGGAUUACCGCUUCCGCUUCCCUGAAAUCAAGCCCGAGGGCAAGUCUUUUGAUCCCUCGACAAGCGACAGCGAAGGCGAAGAAGCCGCCUUUGAAUUCCGCGCCCCCAAUCCUGGCUCUGCGCACUCGCGCUCUGCUCGGCCAAAGCCAUCCUUGGGCCACCCCCACAGUCGCUCGGCAUCCCAUACUGGCAAAAAGCAUCACCCGCACCCGUAUCAAACGCCGAAGGUGUCCUCAAGCUGCACCGAGGAAUCGGCCCCAAGCGACACCAAUCUCUCGGUUUCUCCCCCAAAACACCCGAGCCUUUCCUCGUCCCCGAGGUUCCUGGGGGUUCCAUCGUCCUCACCGGCCUCCAUGUCCCCGACGCUAUCGCAGUCGUCGCUGUCGUCCGCAAGCUCGCAACGGCGGUCGCGAAAGAUGAGAACCUCCAAGAGCUCAUCGUCGUCUCUUGACGAAGGGUCCAGACGAAAGGGCGCUGACUCGAGCCCGCCCAAGCCAGCACAAGCGCAACGGCACUGCCACUACUGCAUGGCGACGCAGACGCCCAUGUGGCGGCAUGGCCCUCCCGAGUACCCUGAUCUGUGCAAUCGCUGUGGUGUCAAGUACAUGCGCGGUCGGCUGAUCUCCAAGAAAGAAUCAUAACUGCCGCCCCCCCUCACCCGCGGGGGUUGUCAAUGUCAUAUGCAAUCAGUCCCUACUUCCUCUCUCUCGGUACGUAUCCGUCGUCGGUGCGUUCCCACGAGCCGCCAAUCGGCUGCGAUCCGGCGUCGUGCUCG